AAGUUUGUGGAUGUAAUAGUAAGCAACGCCAUGAUUUUGGAGAAAUUUGACAAUUGUGAUUUUCAAUAGAGUUCUUCCCUUCUGGGUUUCAGGCUUUCUCAUCCUUGCCAAAUCUUCACCUUCCUCCUCUCCACGGAUAACAUCUUCUCUGACAGUACAGUAUCAACAUAGUAGACAGAUUUGGAUGCGUUUUUUUCUACCUCUGAAAUCGGAUUUCGAAUUUGAUGCCACCUAUUUUCAGCUGUAGGAAUUCUCUCAUGACUACGAACAUAUCGUUUCCGGAUUUCGAUUGUUACAAGGUCGCUCCGGUGUCUUUCUCUUCUCCCUGCGCCUGCCCUUUGCUUCCUUCGUCCUGUAAACCAUUGCCUCUCCCUCGAUCCUCAUUGAAAUUCAAUCGCUUGCAUUUUGUCUUACAUGGCCAAAAGGGCCUGCUCAGAAUUAACAAGAGAUGCGAUUUGGCGAGACGCCACAUUGUGGCUGUGGCACAUGCGGAGCCCGACCGGAUUGACGGGAAAGAGCCCGAAGAGGAGGUUGAGGGUGGUCAACAGUCAUCAUUUCAAGAGGAUCCAAUUCCAAUCUCAGAACAUCAACAUAAAAAAAAUCAAUUGAAGAAGCGCAUUGUUUUUGGGCUUGGCAUUGGAAUAACUGGUGGUAUUAUAGUAUUGGCUGGAGGAUGGGUAUUCACCGUGGCUGUUGCUGCAUGUAUUUUUGUUGGUGCACGUGAGUAUUUUGAAUUGGUCAGGAGCCGUGGGAUCACUGCAGGAAUGGCACCCCCACCUCGAUAUGUUUCACGAAUUUGCUCAGUUAUUUGUGCUUUCAUGCCCAUUCUUAGCUUUUACUUUGGUCAGCUUGAUGUUGCUAUCACAUUUUCUGCCUUCAUUCUUGCAAUUACAUUGCUUCUACAAAGAGGCAGUCCCCGGUUUGCUCAACUGAGCAGUGCAAUAUUUGGGCUUUUUUACUGUGGUUAUCUUCCUUGUUUCUGGGUCAAACUUCGUUGUGGUUUGGCCGUUCCAGCCUUAAACACUGAAAUAGGAGCAGGAUGGCCAUUUCUUCUUGGAGGCCAAGCUCAUUGGACUGUUGGCCUUGUUGCGACCUUGAUUUCUAUGAGCAGUAUAAUUGCAGCUGAUACAUUUGCUUUUCUUGGUGGCAAGGCAUUUGGUAAGACCCCACUUACAAAUAUUAGUCCCAAAAAGACUUGGGAGGGAACUAUUAUGGGCUUGGGUGGUUGCAUAGCUACGUCUGUUAUUCUAUCUAAAAUUCUUUGCUGGCCAUCUUCUAUGGUUAGUGCAAUAGCUUUUGGAUUUCUCAACUUUUUGGGUUCUGUUUUUGGUGAUCUUACUGAGUCAAUGAUAAAACGUGAUGCUGGUGUCAAGGAUUCUGGAACUUUAAUCCCUGGACAUGGUGGAUUACUUGACAGAGUGGACAGCUACAUUUUUUCCGGGGCACUAGCACAUUCCUACAUCAAAGCAUUCAUGCCACUUUAUGGCGUUUGAGAUAAUGAUGAUCCAUGAAUUGGAGGUCAGGAAAGUCCCAACUCUCCAGGCUUUUCCCCCUUGAAGGGAAAUAAAGAAGGCAAGGCCAGUCUGCCUUCUAAGGCUGGAGAAGGACGAGCAUCAGCUAAUUUAUUGCACUGUACCCAGAAAAAGAACUUCAACUUACUUAGUUCCACCAGGUCUUCAAAACUUCCAAGUGAAAGCAUAUUUUUUACCAGGUAAUUGUAAAUAUGGAAUAUUAAAUAAAAUAUGCCACUAUUUUUAUGGUACACAUUCAUCUUUUCAAGAUAGUUCUGAUUUUCGUGGAGACCUAGGUUUAUUUUUCUUUUAUUCUAGUCCUGUUUGUGGGCAGCAAUUUGCAGGACUUGUAGCUCUGUAAGCCAUGUUGAUGUUGGAAGAUAGGGGUUUAAUCUUGUAAUGCUCCUUACGUAUACUGUCAGAGGCUUAGAGUUUGUUACUUCUAUUUAUUCAAUUAGUUAGUUAUCUUUAAUUGUUGGAGAGUUUACAGAUUGUAUCAGUGGGGCAUUGCCAAUUAUUAUUUUUAUUAAGAUCAAGUUGUUACCAGUUCA